AAUGAUGCGAACAAGAAGAAUAGCUCCUUUGCUCGGAUUUGCAGGAUUAGCAGGGUUUGGUGUUGGGGUCGCUGGAAUGUCUGUUAACAAGGAGGAGCUGAACUCUGUUGCUAAGCCCACUACUGCACUUGUGAUUGGUGGAGGUAUUAUGGGCCUCUCUACCUCCUUACAGUUGGCUGAGAGAGGAGUGCAAGUAACUCUACUAGAAGUUAAUCCUUUACCGGCUCAGGUUGCGUCCUACUACAAUGGAGCUAUUAUCUGUAACUCUAUGGCAGCAAGCUGGGCAAGUGCGACCUUAAUAGCAAAAAACCCUGGAGAAUUGAAAACGAUGAAAGUAGGAUUUGAAUCGUGGACAGAUCCUAACUUUUAUAGAUGGUGUGCGUGGUUCUGGAUGAACAGCUUGUGGCCGGGCCGAGCAGAGUUUAAUCAUCAAUCUCAACGCCUUCUCUCAUACUUCAGCUACAAUCUAUUUAGAUCAAUGCAAGAGGAAAAAGCAAAGUACGGAGACAAACUGUUUAUGAAUGAGACAGCUAAAGAAACCAUAAAGCUGUUUUACAAUGCGGAAGAAAUGAAUGAAUUUCUGAGUUCAAACCAGGCAAAGUUCUGGGCUGAACAUGGUUUGGGAUUUAGACAAAUAUCAGCUCAAGAUUGCAUUCAACUAGAACCUGGCUUAAGAAAUGUUUGCCAAACUGAUGGUAUUGUUGGAGGAGUGGUUUGUCCGUCUGAUUCUAGCGGGGAUAUUGGUGUAUAUUGCUCAAAUCUAGAAAAGCUCUGCAAAGAACUGGGAGUAAAGAUUAUGUACAACUCUGGGGUGGAGAAACUUAUAAAACGAGAUGAACAGAUUGUAAGCGCACAGCUCAGUAAUGGACAGACUAUGAGUGCAGACGUGUAUGUUCUAUGUGUGGGGGUUGGAUCUAAACAACUUGGUGAAACUGUUGGAAUAAAUCUACCAGUCUAUCCAUUAAAGGGUCAUCUUGCAACCAUACAUUCUAACCCCGACUAUCCUUCACUUACCAGGAAUAUUCUAGAUACAAGAUAUGGACUCAUCAGUCCCCUGAACCCUACUAGUAUACGGCUAUCUGGAAGGGUUGAGGCAGUUGGAUAUAAUUAUGCUGUGGAACCAGAGAAGGGAAAACAACUAGCUGCAGCGGUAAAAAUGGUUUUUAAACCCAAUUUUCUCCGUACUGAUGAGGCAACCUAUCACUCUUGCUUGAGACCAGUUAGUGGCGACGACUUAGCAAUAAUUGGUCAGACAAAAAUACAAAACCUCUUUGUUAAUACAGGCCAGGGCAGUAAGGGUUGGACUUAUAGCUGGGGAUCAUCUAAACUAAUUGCCCAGAUAAUUUGCGGAGAGGAGACUAAUUUAGACCCAACAAGAUUUUCUCCCUUGAGAUUCCAUCCUUUCCGUGGAUAUCUGGGCUAACCAUAGUUCAGAGAAGACACUAAAGAAUGAAUGAAAAUAGAAGCGUUAUGAUGGAAUAACAAUAUAAAUUAAAUUCAAAUUUAGAUUUAGUUUAAAUUCAAAUCUAAAAAUAUGAUUAAAA